AUGUUUGGCUCUGCAAUACGUAACAUUAUAAAAAGUUCACAAAAUGCAGCGAAAUUCGAGGCAAUUUGCGCUCAAUGCCGGCAUAUACGCGCCAACCGAAGUAUACAAAGUGAGGCGGAUACAAUCAAAUCAAUAGAUGUGGCCACAAAACCAAAUGACAAGGAACUGGAGCCUGCGCCUGAACAUUCCAGUGCAGUUGCCUUGGACUUUGGGAGCCGGGAGGCCCACGUGCCGUCCUUUAAUCUAGCCGCCUAUGUCAAUAGCUCGAGCACACUGCAGCAGCUUGUUAGCCUGGGCGUGGAUCUGCACAGCAUAGAGAGACGCAAGGGUCUGGGCGAGUUUGUUCUCCGCCUGGACUUUGAGAAGAAUAUCAAACCGUGUUUGUCCUUUCUCGCGGACCAGGGCAUUGCACCCGAUGACUUUGGCAAGAUGGUCACAAAGAAUCCGCUGCUGUUCAAAGAGGAUCUGGACGAUUUGCAGACGCGCGUAGAGUACCUGAAGAGCAAAAGAUUUUCGGACGAGGCCAGACAGCGCAUCUUCACACAGAAUCCAUUUUGGCUUAUGUUCUCUACGAAACGCGUGGAUCGCCGUCUGGGCUACUUCCAAAAGGAGUUUCGUUUGAGUGGGCACGACCUGCGUCUAAUGGCCACCAAAGAGCCAAAUUUGAUCACAUAUAAUAUGGAACAUCUGCGUAAAUCUGUGUUUACCCUCCGCGAGGAAAUGGGUUUCAGUGCCAGGGAGCUGCAAUCCCUGAUUGUUCGCAAGCCCCGUCUGAUGAUGAUCCGUCCUGAUGAUCUGGUAGAGAGAUUCAGUUAUAUUCACAAGGAUAUGGGCCUGCCACAUUCCCAGAUAGUGCAAUGCGCCGAGCUGCUGGCCUCGCGCGAAUUCCGGCUGCGCGAACGUCACGAGUUCCUUAAACUACUGGGCCGUGCCCAGUACGAUCCGCAGAAAGACCUGUACAUCUCGCCUAGAACGAUAGUGCUGGGAAAUAAUUUUUAUUUUGUGCGAAAUGUAGCAAAAAGUGACUUGGAAACGUUCGAUUUGUUUUUAAAAACGCGAUAACAAUAAACGCCGAGUGCAAUAUA